GGAUAGGCGUGAUCAGCGCGCAGUACGGACGAUUUAACCGGGUCACCUGCCACCACACAGCGAUGUCGAUGGUUGACUGUUACAAUGACGUGCUUACUGAUAUCAUAUCAAAAUGUGACGGGAAAUCGACAUGUACAUUGUCUCCUUCCAGCAGUCAAUAUGGCGGCGACCCCUGUCCAGCCACUUACAAAUACCUGCAAGUUCAGUUCAAUUGUUCGUCAGCAGAGACAACACCUGAUUCAAAAACUACUACCUUAUCGAAGAAGACGACGACGACAACCACCACCACCACCACCACUGAACAAUCAACUGAUUCGGACACUACUGCGGUCUUCUUACCACCAACGACAGAUCCGUCAAGCACAACUGCUUCAUUUGUAAAGACUAAUGCUACAAGCACUUGCAUUAGUCGGUAUGCAAAUGCUACGAGUUGCACGGAUGGGGAGCUGUUGUGUGAACUUGCUAAGUUAAAAAAGCAACUGCCAAUAGACAACACUACACGCUCGUCAUAUAAAAGGACAAAAAUCAGUGUGUAUGUCGGACGGACGGCAGCUACAGAUAUCGGUAUGAAUUAG